GUCGCAGGUUCACUCGUCAGUUCUGCGGUUGGCCCAAUAGGGAGCAGUUGCCCAUUUUGAUGUGCCCGAGUCGUGGAAGAGGUCGUGCACAGUCUAGAAAAACCUGUCUUACAAGUUGUGCAUCCUUCCCGUGCUGAGAACCGCGCAUCUCACAAUGAGUCGUAUACUGGGACUUUUGGCUCUCGUCUCUAUCGUUUUGAGCCACGAAAUUACGUACACAGGAACUGUGCGUUUAACAAAGGAAGAAUUUUGCCGGCACAACGGGCUACGACCGAACCGCUGUGAUAAACGGUUUGAGGAGCACUUAAAAAACAACCCGCACAUCGAAAAAUGUCCUGGCACCGAAUUAAUCUACUCCAACUUCUGUUCCGAGUUUAAGAACGAGGUCACGAACGCCGUGGAUCUGACAACGGAUGCCACUAGCUAUCCUCCUAGAAGACAGCCAAACUUUGACGAGUACAUAGAAGUUCCUCCCAGCAGCAGCCGUGUGCCGGUCGAGAAGAAAGUGAUGGAAUUUUCGCUGCAACUGUUUAAAACCGCCGCGUUCGGUAGCAGUCCGGCUGGAAACUUCAUUCUUAGCCCGGUUAUGGUGCAAAUGCUACUCGCGUACCUCAUCGACGGUGCAUCGAACAUAUCACGUGCGGAACUGAAGUCCGUGCUGCAGCUGACUAUGGAUGAUCUGAAGGAACUCCAGCAAACGCUGAAGCCUGAUGCGGAAACGGCAGUGGUGCCGAAGUACAAGCUCGAUAUCGCUUCACAAAUAUUCAAGUCGACGCAGAUUGAGCUUCUGCCGGCGUUCCAGGAGUCGCUCAAGCGUAACAAAGUGCCACUACAGGAGAUGGACUUUUCCAACAGGCGGGUGGCGGUUAACGAAAUCAAUCAUUGGGUCAACGUCACGACACGACAGAGGAUCACUUCAAUCGUCGACGAAAAUUCUUUGGAUCCGGAUACGCAACUGAUGCUUCUGAACGCUAUUUACUUCAACGGGUCGUGGCAGUACAGUUUCAAUCGAACAGUUCCGAGGGCCACUUUCCAUUUGAAUGAAAAUACUCGCUCCUCGUGCAAUAUGAUGGUGCUUUCGCGUGAGCUACGUUACGGUAAUACGCAGCCCGAUCAUGAGACCCACGGGCUGUAUUGGAUCGAGCUACCGUACACCGGCGACACGAUGUCCAUGAUCUUGCUACUCCCCAACGAACGGUUCCAGCUGGAUCGGGAGCUGCAACGGUUUCAGGCGCACGAUUUGGAAAACAUUCUUUCGGAAAUUCGCGGCAACAUUAAAGACAAGAUCAAGGUCAAUCUGCCGAUGUUCAAAGCGGACAGCACGGUUUCAUUAGUCGAGCCACUGAAAAAGAUGGGCCUAUCAUCAGUGUUCGGCACCGGUAACCCUUUCGACAAGCUGUCUAACACAGCCGUGAAAAUAUCUGACGUGCGACAAAAAUCAUUUUUAACCGUGAACAUGCAUGGUACGGUGGCCACUAGUGUUACCACCCUUACCGUUAUCCCUCUCAGCAUAUCCCGGACGAUGGACUUCAUUGCUGAUCAACCGUUUGCCGCCAUUAUUGUAGAUAAGCAAAAAGGCAUACCUUUGUUUAUCGCAAGAAUAAGCAAGCCAACCAAGAUACAGGAGUAA